GGCAUGCGUUACAAUGUGGUUUGCUCUUUGAUCUAUUACAAGCGUUUACCUUCUUUAUGAUUUGAGUAGUAGAAAUUUCGAUUUAAACGAGAGGACUUGAACGUAUCACCAAGGGUCGUCACAAAUAAGGCUAUUUUUUUAGCUUAUGCUAGCUUGUUUUUGUUGCCCACGGAAACCUAAUGGCUUCAUUUAACUGGAAGAGGAAAGUUGGUGAGAAGGUGUCAAAGUCAGUUUUGCAGCAAUUCGAGGCCGAGGCAGAGAAGACCGAAGACAGCAGACCAGGUCAAGUUGAGGAAGCGGAGGAUGUGGACUGGCUGCAUGUUAUUAAGCGGCGACGGGAGGUCCUGCUGGAGGACUGUGCUGCCAAGAGCAAGAGACUGAAGGAAGAGGGUGCUCUUCUGGCAGAAGAAGGCAGGCACUGGGAGGCCAUUAAGAAGUGGGAUGAAGCCAUUCAGCUAACUCCAGACAACCCACUACUGUAUGAGAUGAAGUCUCAGGUGUUGACCAUCCUGCAGGAAGUGUUCCCAGCAGUGAAGGCUGCGGAGAUGGCAGUCAAGUUCCGCCCCCUGUGGUGGGAGGGCUGGCAGACACUAGGCCGAGCACAGCUCAACCUUGGUGAGGUGGAUUUGGCUGUGAGGUCUUUCCAGGUUGCAAUCCACCUGUGCCCAUCGGAGCGUCCGCUGUGGCAAGAAGACCUGGCAUGGGCGCUGAGUUUACAGAAGCAAAAUCUAGCAACCAAGGAGAAGACUCAGCAAGAGGAGGAAACCAAAAAACAGAUCCUCAAUGCCCCCGAGCUCGAGCAGGACUAUGACUUUGAAUCUGACGAGGUGCUGGCCGCCUGCGUGGCAGUAGCUGAGCGACAGACACGGUAUGAGGAGCUGAAGAGGUCAGCGGUGGUUGUAGAUUCAGAGGGAAAUGUACAAAAUGUACACAGUGGGGACGGAGGAUCAGAGGACACAGCCGCACCAUCAAAGGAAACGUUUGUCAAAGCGAGAGGACUUUAAACUGGUCUCAGCAUGAGUCCGUCAUCCUGGUUCCAUCUUUCUUUCCUUUUUUUUUUGAGGACUGAAUUGGAUUAUUUCUGAAACUGCUCUGAGUGCAUGAAGCCAUUACAUAGAUGGGCAACAUGAGAAGCGAAAAAUUCUUGUGAAGGGGUAUGCAGCAAAUUUUAGACAACGGCGCUUUGCUGUUUUCCAUUUUCCAUUUCACUGUGUUAAAAUGGAUGUCAAGUGUUUACAUGCACACGCAAAGGAUUGAAGACAUUUAAACAUCUAUCCAUCACCAAAAGGGAGGCAUCUACUCACAUGUCGCAAAACAUGCUACUAAUGCCAAGCUACAAACUUAAACAUCUGUUUCAUCUUAAUGUGGACAUUUAUUAUAGAAUUACACAGCAGAGUGUUUCUUUGGAGUAGCCCAGAAACAGCUAAUGUACUCUGUGGUUACAUCAGAAUCUACUUUCCGAUGCUCUAAAAUAACAGACGUCCACUUGAGCUGUCUCCAGCAUUUAAAGAAAAAUAAAAACAGGAUUUAAAACAGUGCCUGCUUGAAAUUGGCAGCUUUUUCAUUUUGUGGUGAUAGCCUAAAAUCAAUAAAACUUCUGGAUGAAGGCCUUUAUCAAGCAAGCUGCAUCUAAUCAGAUGGCUGGAUGUUAACUACCUGUGAGGAGUCGGUGGCUAUAACUGUAUUGUCGACCAUACUGCUCCAAAAGAGCAGACUGCUGACGCUUGACAAAUAAUCUGUGUGUGAAUAAAUAGUUACGUGUGA